GCGAGCUGCGCACCAUUGACCGUGUCCGUGCUUCUUUUUUCGUCUGCUCUCGCGGCCGAGAGCCCGCGAUUCCCGCCGACUAAGAGCGCGCGCGCGCGCGCGACGUUGUGCACAGUGCGUGUGUCUUUUUUACCGAGCCGCCUCGAUUUGUUGCUACGCAUUGUCGCGAACGAAGCCCGUGUUUUCUUCCAUUAUCGCCUUCGCCGCAUUUUCCUCUCACAUUUGCAGCCGCCGCCGACUCCUCCGCAAAUCCGCGCGACGGACCGACGGAACGCGAUCUCCCGGUCUUUCCUUCCUUCCUUCUUUCGACUCGAAUCGCGACCGAGUGCGCGCGCAUCCCGAUCGCCCUAUUGUUUCGGAGAAGCCGAGCGUAACGUCGCAACAAGUCUGUGCUCGUCAACCCGCUUCUCGCCCUCGGAGGUAGCCGCGGAUCGCAUAGGGAUUACAAUGACGUUAUUUGUAUCGAGAUCAAUCGCAGCCGCCUCCUCGUUAACGCAACGCGCGUCCGACGGUCGUGGUCGCCUCUAGAUCUCCGCGAUCUCCCGUUUUCCGCGCCCAGUCUUUCAUAUGCAUUUCUUCGCACCGCUCGUUCCUCGAUAUCGGAUCAUCUGUUGCUGAUGAUUCGGCCAUUGCGCAACGCACACGGGAGAUUAAAAGCGCGCUCGGGGAAGCGUAACAGCCGAACCGACCGACGAAACUAGUAGCCUCGAGUGAAUUUAGAAAACCACGUGCGGUCGCGGGGCUCACGCAUCUUAUGUAGCCGACGGCUGGCGGGCUGCGCAUCUUCCCGAUGGAUUCGAUCAUAUUAGAGAACGCCAACGAGAUCGGGGCGCAACCGCAAGCGCAGCAGUCGCAUCAGCAGCAGCAGCAGCAGCAGCAACAACAGCAGCAGCAUCAGCAGCAAUACGGUGAGGUGAAUCAGCUGGGCGGCGUGUUCGUGAACGGCAGGCCGCUCCCCAACACCGUCCGAUUGCGAAUAGUCGAGCUCGCGCAGCUCGGCAUCCGGCCGUGCGAUAUAUCGCGGCAGCUACGCGUCAGCCACGGAUGCGUCAGUAAGAUACUGGCGCGCUAUCACGAAACGGGUAGCAUCUUGCCAGGCGCGAUCGGCGGCAGCAAGCCGCGCGUCACCACGCCGAAAGUCGUGCAGUACAUCAAGCAGCUGAAGCUGAAGGACCCGGGGAUCUUCGCCUGGGAGAUCAGGGACCGGCUGCUGUCCGACGGCGUCUGCGACAAGUACAACGUGCCGUCGGUCUCCAGCAUCUCGAGAAUACUGCGAAACAAGGUCGGCGCCACCACAGCCAUGCAUCACCAUCCGCAUCAUCAUCCGGCGCACCACCAUCAUCACCAUCUGUACGCGGCCGCAGCGGCGGCCGGCGCGACCAUUUGCCCGGUGCCGUAUCCGCCGACGGUGCCGUACCACCCGACGGCGCCGCCCUCCGUCACGCAUCACCAUCACCAUCAUCAUCACCAUCAAGUUGGAGCGUCGGUAGCAGCGGGCAAACUGUCGCCGCCGUCACCACCUCCGGCGGUUCACGCCAGCGGCGGCCAUCAGACGGCGGCCAACAACGCUCUGCAGUGGCCGAGUCCUCACACGGUGCACGAUAUCUUGGCUAACAGCUGCAACAUACAGACCUCCUCGUCCUCGUCCUCGCCGACCUCGCCACUGUGCCCUGCGAUCAGCAACAAUCACCAUCAUCACAAUCAUCAGAGCGACAAUCCCGCCAGCAACAACAGCAAUAACAACGGCGGCAAUAACAACAACGAUCAGACAACGUCGAGCGGUUACUUACAUCCGCAUCAUCCUCAUCUGGCGCACCACCAUCACCAACAGUAUUACGCCUCGGCGCUGUAUCAUCAUCAUCAUCAUCACGCGGACAGCAUGGCGGCGGCAACUAUAUCAUCCACGCUCUCUGUACAGUCCAUCAUGCUGCAGUCCUCGGGAGCGACCAGUCAGCCGGCUAGUCCUUGUAAUUAGGGGAAACGACCGCGAUUUGCUGCGCGAACUGAAAAAAGGGAUCUGGUAGUGAGUAGGAAAAGAGUGAUUUUCAUUUCUGCCCACUUCUCCGGACACAGUCUAGACCGGAACCAAGCGAAAGUUGAAUCAGGUAUCUAGUACCAGGCCUUGUCCAGAGCGUUCAGAAGAAAGCGCUCUGUUUCCGAGAAAUAAGGAACAUAUCCGUUAAAAAAUUUUCAUAAAUAAUUAUGUAUGAUUAAAUGUAAUUAUAUGUAAGACAUCAUGUGUAAAAUUGGUUUGUAUAUAAAAAUAUAUUCCUUUUCAGCGUU